AUGACACCAGAGGAUUUAAUAUUAAAUCAAAUUAAAAUAUCAAAAUCUCCAUUCGUCAAGGUUGCAGGUUCAGAUAUUGAUGGUAUUCUUCGUGGCAAAUAUUUAGACAAGAGUAAAUUCGAAUCAUCCAUUGAAAAGGGUUUAGGGUUUUGUAGUGUUAUUUUUGGUUGGGAUUCAGGUGAUGUAGCAUACGACAAUGUUAAGUUUACAGGCAAUCACACCGGAUAUCCUGAUAUUGGCGCAGUUCCAGAUGUUUCUACCUUCCGUAUUAUACCAUGGGAAUAUAAUGUACCUUUCUUUUUAAUGGAUUUUGUAAAUAAUGAUGGCUCACCACUUCCAGUAUGUCCACGUCAAUUAUUGAAAAAGGUAAUCAAGAAAUGCAGAGAUAAUGGAUAUGACCCAGUAAUGGGCAUGGAAUUCGAAUGGUACAAUUAUAGUGAAAACAAUAAGACAUUAAUCGAGAAAAGGUUUAAUAAUCUAGAGCCACUUUCAAAUGGUAUGUUUGGUUAUAGUUUACUUAGAACUAGUCAAAACUCUGAAUUUAUGAACUCAUUGGCCGAACUUCAAGGUUUUGGUGUUCCAUUAGAAGGAUUACAUACAGAGACAGGCCCAGGUGUUUAUGAAGCAGCAAUUCGUUUCUCCACAGCUUUAGAAUCUGCAGAUCGUGCCAUUCUCUUCAAACACUCAACCAAGGAAAUCGCAUCACUUCAAGGUAUAUUAGCAAGUUUUAUGGCCAAACCAUUCCAACACUUACCAGGUUGCUCAGGCCAUAUGCAUCAAAAUUUAAAUUGUAUAAAGACCAACAAAAAUCUUUUUUACAACCCGGAAGAUCCUAAAGGAGAGCAUGGAAUGACAGAAAUUUUCAAAUCAUUUUUAGCAGGUCAAUUAUUAUUGUUACCAGAGUUUUUACCAUUCUUUGCACCAACUAUUAAUAGCUAUAAAAGAUUGGUUGAUGGUUAUUGGGCACCAACCACACCAACCUGGGGAUAUGAUAAUAGAACAGUAGCAAUUAGAAUCAUUAAAGGUGGAAAAGCAACAAGAUCAGAGUUUAGAGUAACUGGAUCUGAUGUUAAUCCAUAUAUUGCUAUUGCAGCAUCAUUUGCUGCCGGCUUAUAUGGUGUAAUCAAUAAAUUGGAAUUAAAGACACCACCAAUUGUCGGUAAUUCAUAUGAUUUGUAUAAAAAAGGUAUGGUAACCAGACUACCAAGAUCUCUUGCAGAGUCUACUGAAUUGCUUUCAAAAUCAAGUGUAGCAAGAGAAUAUCUUGGUGAUGAUUUCAUUGAUCAUUUCGUUGAAACUAGAAGAUGGGAAUAUAGACAAUUCAAUCACCAAGUUCAUAAAUGGGAAUUAGAAAGAUAUUUAGAAAUCAUUUAAAUAAUUUAGGUUAUAAAUAAUAAUAAAAAAAAAUAAACACUUUGGUAUCAGAAAGAAAAAGAUUAAAAUAGACUAUAAAAAAUAAAAUAAAGAAAAUU